CGGUACGGUCUAACCGUAUCACAGCUUACCCGAAACGCCGUCGUAUACAAUCAGCUUUUCUUGAACCAAAAGUAAAACCUAAGAAAGCUGAAGUCUGAAGACUGGUUCACCAGAUAAAACACCAAACGUUGAAUUCAUCUGUUUGAAUAAGAUCAAGAUAAAAGAACAAUGGCAACAGAAAAGAGUCAACAAUCUACUCCAUCUGCUUCUGUUUCUGCUCCGGUGGCGGCAUCAUGUAGAAGGAAGAAAUCGGAAGAUGCAAGUUUCUUACAGGAUGUGAAAGAUCACAUUGAUGAGUUCAUACAUGCUUCCACGGAUGAACAUAAAACAUGCUUCCAAAAGACCAUUCUAAAGAUGUUUGGAAUGUCUAAGGUGGUUGCACAAACAAGUGCUGAUAACACGGGAGUUGAGAGUUCAUUGUCCCUGCAAACAGUUGUUUCUGAUUAACGAAUUACCUUAAAUUGUUGCAACAUGCUCUUUGUGCUUUAAAUUGGUUAUUUACAUAUGAUAUGAGAUGUACAUGAGAGGAAAUAAGUCCAGUAUAUAUGUAUCCACAGUUACAUUUCAGUGACAGCUUAUGGGAAAUUCUGAGAUUAUUGAUAUGGCAAA